AUGAAUUUAAAAAAUUAAUAAAAUGUAAUAGUUAUUCCAGAUAAAAAUAUCAAAGAAAAAGUUAAUGAUAAAAUAUAAAUAGAUUUAGUUGCUUAAAAUACAUAAUAAAAUAUUUCUAAAUUAGGUAAUUCAUUUAAAAUUGUCGGUAAGCAAUAAAAUGUUAUUGUAAUAGAUUAAAUAGAAUAAAAAUUAGAUUCUUAUAGUUAAAAUAGGAAUAAAAAUCUAGAUUUCUAUGGAAUUGAUAAAGUUACUUUCGAAAAUGAUAAGAAAGAAAAAGUUCUUUAAUCAUUAAAGGAGAGUGAUAUUGCUAAAAUUUAGAGUUUAAGCAAAUACAAAUAAUUGAUUGAAUAUUUUUAGUAUGGUAAACUAAAGCCUAUACUUUGCUCUAUAGCUUAUCAAAAAAUAUUUUGUUAAAGUCUAAAAACUUAUUAUUCGUUAUUCAAAGAAGAAGAUAACCAUGAUCUUAUAUAGGCAAGAAUGGCAAAAAUUUCUAAAAAUUGCAUUAUAAUAAGGCAUAAUCCGAAAGUAUUUAUCAAAGUAGUUGGAUUCUUGAAUAACUUUCAUAGGAAUGAAGACGAUCCUAGAAUAUACCACCCUUCAGUUUAAUCAAAAUUGUUUAAAUUUAGCAAACAUUAGUGA